AUGGGUUCGUACCACGGGAUCAACAUCAAUGGGAUUUAUCCGACUUUUCUAAUGGUUGUCACAGAAAGAUUAUACUGCCGCUUCAAUGUGACGAGCGUAAAUUCAGGUUUAUCAAGAUUAGCAUGCUUGAAAAAUUGCUCGUGCUCUGCUUAUGCCUACGGUACUGAAGGAGCAUGCUUGUGGUAUACGGAUUCAGGGAAAACAAAUCAGGAUCUAUUGCUACUAGAUUUGAAUAGUGAUGGUUCAUUUACAAACAAGGAGGGAGAAGCUGAAGAUGGUUGUCAUGAAUUGCCAAUCUUCAGUUUGGGAAGCAUAGCUGCAUCUACCAACAAUUUUUCCAUUACAAACAAGCUUGGACAAGGUGGUUUUGGACCUGUUUAUAAGGGAGAGUUGGCUAAUGGACAGUUUGUAGCUGUGAAAAGGCUAUCAAAGAGGUCAAGGCAGGGAUUGGAGGAAUUCAGAAAUGAGAUGCAACUGAUUGCCAAACUGCAGCACACAAAUCUUGUCCGCAUUUUAGGAUGCUGCGAUGAGAAAGAUGAGAUGAUACUUGUCUACGAAUACAUGCCCAAUAAAAGCUUGGAUUGUUUCCUCUUUGCGCCCUCCCAGAAAGAGGUACUUGAUUGGAAUAAACGCAUUCAUAUCAUCUCCGGAAUUGCUCAAGGGCUUCUAUAUCUCCACCAGUAUUCGCGGUUGAGAAUAGUGCAUAGGGAUUUGAAAGCUAGUAAUAUCCUACUAGAUGCUGACAUGAAUCCCAAAAUCUCCGAUUUCGGCCUGGCCAGAAUAUUUGGAGGAAAUGAGUCGCAGGCAAAUACUAAACGGAUUGUUGGAACAUAUGGUUAUAUGUCACCAGAAUAUGCCAUGGAAGGGCUUUUCUCAGUGAAGUCUGAUGUGUUUGCGUUCGGAGUAUUGAUGCUGGAGAUUAUUAGUGGAAAGAAGAAUACUGGUUUCUAUGGCUCUGAGUAUCUAUGUCUUCUUAGAUAUGCGUGGGAUUUGUGGAAGAAAGGUUGUGUUGAUGAGCUGAUUGAUCCUACUACGUUAGAACUGCUCAAAUCUUGGUCAUCAGUUGCAAUGAGAUACGUUCAGAUAAGUCUAUUGUGCGUCGAAGAAAAUCCAGUUGAUAGGCCAGUCAUCUCUGAUGUUGUUGCAAUGCUCAACAAUGAUAAAAGAGCCAUACAAUCACCAACAAAUCCAACUUUUACUGUUGGGAGAGCAUUGGUUGCUCAAAGAGAGGCCGAGAUUUGUUCUAUACAGGAUAUGACGAUGUCUCAUGUCGAGGCUCGUUAA